CAAUCCCAAUAGCCUUGUUUAUGUUUUUGCUACAACUGAUCAUCAGGGCUUAGCUAUGGAAAAAAAUGUUGGAUUGCUGCGAUGAUUUUUAAUAGUUGAAAGAUUUAGAGUAGUUUUUAUGCUAGUUUCUGUACAUUUUUUUUUCUUCGGUUUCGUGCCUGUGUGCUAAUAGUUAAAGCGUAAUCAUGAAUCGCAUGAUUUUCUUUCCCCUUCCCUUAACUGCUGAUUUUGAAGAUUUGGAUUAUCGCGAGAGUAAAGUGUACCAUCCAAGACGUACUGGCCACGAUAAGAACUUCAAAAGCUUGUACCGGUUCUCACGUAGAAACGUUAAUUUUUUGGCAAAUACUUUUUUGAACGAAUACAAUGAAAAGCGAGGUGGUGCGCUGGAUAAUAUACAUAAAAUGAAAUGUUUACUUCGUUAUUUAGGAGAUCCCGGAUUCCAGGUUGGCGUUGGUGAGGAUUUAGGCAUUCACCAAUCUACUGUUUGCAAAACUAUUUGGAGUGUUGCUAAGAAAGUAGCAUCUAAGGCUUCCGAUUGGAUUAAAUUUCCUCAGAAUUAUGAAGAUUUCGAACAAGAAAAGAAAAUUUGGCAUCAAAAGUACAAAUUUCCAUCCGCAAUAGGAGCUAUUGACUGCACGCACGUUGCCAUAAAAAGACCACACAUUUUUCACGAAGAAUAUGUGAACAGAAAAGGUGUUACAACUUUUAACGUACAAGCAACGUGCAACGGAGCUGAAUUGUUCACCAGCGUUGAUUGCCGGUGGGUUGGCUCAGUUCACGAUGCGAGGAUUUGGCGCAAUUCGGGAAUUCGAAACCUUGUUGCAGAAAAUCUUUCAGGUGCAAUUCUCCUAGGGGACGAAGCUUAUCCUUUAACACCAUGGCUAAUGACACCCUUCAAAAAAGCAGAAACAGUUAGACAAAAAGCAUAUAAUAAGUUGCACUCGCAGGAACGUGUGAUUAUUGAAAGACUUUUCGGGCAGGUUAAACAAAGGUUUCCAAUCCUUCAAUCAAAAAUACGUUUAUCCACGGAUAAGAUACCUACUGUGAUAAUAGCAUGCUUCGUCUUACACAACGUAGCAAAAUUUCUGAACGAUGAUGACUUCGCUGAGGAUCUUGAUAAUAUUCCUGAUAUUUUAACUAACACGGGACAAGACACUGAAAAUUUAAAUAUUAUAGAGCGGGGUAAACGUCGACGAGACGUUAUAUCAUCCUAUUUAAGCUAACCCUUACAUAGAUUAUACACUAACCUCUACCAAUUAAUUCAUCAAUGUAAUCUUAUAUUUUAAAAUGAAAGCGUUUUCUUUGUAAAACCAUCACGUAUAAACGGUCGGUCUGAACGAAGGCAUUCGAGGGUUUCAAUCAACUUUAAAUGGGAUACAAGCCAUACAAUUUUGUUGCGAUGUUCUUAAAAAUCGAUUCGCGAGCACGAAGAAGAUAAGGACGUGUAUAUGAAAUAAAACAUUGAUUUCGAUAUAUUUAUUCAAAGGUAAAACGAAGUUUACCGGGUCAGCUAGUGUUAUAUACCUAUAUAAAAAUGAAUGUUUGUUGUCUGUUUCCUAUAGACUCGGAAGUUACGACACCGAUCAAUGCGAAAUUUUGUUUGUAAGAGUGACGACGACGACAGUUGGGUUGAGAUUUUUAUCCCACGAUUUAGAGUGGCCCAUGUUACUCCACCGGGUCAGCU